AAUCACCAAGAAUUUCAGAGAGAAAUCGCAGGAGAAGGGAAGAAAUCGUAAGAGAGUGCAAGAUGAAUCGUAACAGAAUUUCAGAGUUACAAGAAUUGGUGAAUUUGGAUAUUUAGGGUGGGAAUUUUAUAAAUGGAAAUAUCCUUUUAUAGGUAUUCUAUUUUUUUCUAUUUUUUAAGUUUUUUAUUUUUUUUUCCAGAUUUUAAGUUCUUUUUAUAAAUGUCCAUAUUUUUCAAAAUGGUUUUAAGAAAUUCUAUUUAUAAAAAAUUCCCUUUCCUAAAAAGAAACAUUCAACAGAGCGGUUUUUUUCAGUAUAGAAGCGCGCUUUUUUCAGCAUUUCGAAUUUCUCUUGUGACAGUCCACACUCCCAUAGUCUUCCAUUGACAAAUUUCUCCAGUUGAGUUUUCAGUUGCAGAAGCCAUAAAUAAGCCCCUCUUUCUUCGUUGUCGUAGUUUAGUUACGCAGGCACAAAAAGGAGGAAAGAAGAAAACUUUAUGUCGUUUUCGGCCAAAUAUUAGUUGGAGGCCAAUAUGUGUUGGUCCACCGGCUACUACAUUGGUCUGUUCAAACUUUGCUGCGAUACCCAGAACCAUGCGCUAGUAAAGAAGCUCCAUUCUCACAUAAUCAGAAACUUGACACACCCAGAAACUAUUCUUAUCAAUAAACUCAUUGAUGCGUAUGGAAAGUUGGGUAACAUAAAGUAUGCGCGCCAGUCGUUCGAUGAAAUGUCUGAACCAAACAUUUUCUCGUGGAAUACCAUCCUUUCUGCAUAUUCCAAAACGGGUCAUCUUCCUGAGAUGCGAAAGAUGUUUAAUCGCAUGCCAGCUCGCGAUGGAGUCUCCUGGAAUGCACUUAUUUCAGGCUAUGCAUCAUUUGGUUCAUUGGCUGAGUCUGUAAAGGUUUAUAAUUUGAUGUUAUGUGAUCGAACUGCCAGUUUGAAUCGUAUUACUUUCUCUACGAUUCUUAUGGUUGCAUCAAGUAAGGGUUGUGUUGACUUGGGUAGGCAGGUUCAUGGGCAAAUAGUGAAAUAUGGGUUCGAGUUAUACUUAUUUGUUGGCAGUCCUUUGGUGGAUAUGUACUCCAAAGCGGGUUUGAUAUACGAUGCAAAGCUAGUUUUUGAAAAGAUUGUAGAGAAAAAUGUGGUUAUGUACAAUACAAUGCUCACUGGGCUUUUACGGUGUGGAUUGAUAGAAAAUGCUGAGUGUCUGUUUAGUAGAAUGCCGGAAAAAGAUUCGAUUUCGUGGACUACAAUGAUUACUGGAUUCACCCAGAAAGGUUUGGGCAGAGAAGCGCUUGACAAGUUUCGAGAUAUGAGAUCGGAGGGUUUGACUAUGGAUCAAUUUACAUUUGGGAGCGUCUUGACUGCGUGUGGAGGACUGUUGGCCUUGGAAGAAGGCAAGCAAAUUCAUGCCUUUAUUAUUAGGACUUAUCCCAAGGAUAAUGUCUUUGUGGGCAGUGCUCUUGUUGAUAUGUAUUGCAAGUGUAGAAACAUAAAAUAUGCUGAUGCAGUUUUCAACAGAAUGCCACGCAAGAAUGUGGUGUCUUGGACGGCUAUGCUGGUUGGUUAUGGCCAGAAUGGACACAGCGAAGAAGCUGUUAAAAUUUUUUCUGAAAUGCAGAGAAAUGGGGUUGAGCCAGAUGAUUUUACUCUAGGAAGUGUAAUUAGCUCAUGUGGGAACCUAGCAAGCUUAGAAGAGGGUUCCCAGUUUCAUGGCCGGGCAAUUGUUUCCGGGUUAGUUUCAUUCAUGACAGUUUCAAAUGCAAUUGUUACAUUGUAUGGUAAAUGUGGAAGCAUCGAGGACGCUCAUAAGCUGUUUAAUGAGAUGAAGGUGAGGGAUGAAGUCUCCUGGACGGCAUUGGUUACAGGGUAUGCCCAAUUUGGAAAGGCCAAUGAAACUAUUGACUUGUUUGAAAAGAUGUUAUUCCAUGGUUUUAAACCAGAUGGAGUUACUUUCAUUGGGGUUCUUUCUGCUUGCAGCAGAGCAGGACUGGUGGAUAAAGGACUUCAGUAUUUUGAAUCAAUGGUGAAAGAACAUGUAAUAACACCAGUUUCUGAUCACUACACUUGCAUGAUUGACCUUCUCAGCCGAGCUGGAAGGUUAGAAGAAGCAAAAAACUUUAUAAAUACAAUGCCUCAUAAGCCUGAUGCAAUUGGUUGGGUUACCUUAUUGAGUUCAUGCCGAAAUCAUCACAACAUGGACAUUGGUAAAUGGGCAGCUGAGUCUCUUCUGGAAUUAGAACCUCAGCACCCUGCAAGCUAUGUAUUGCUUUCAAGUAUCUAUGCUGCUAGAGGGAAAUGGGAUGAUGUAGCCAAAUUGAGAAGAGAUAUGAGAGAUAAGCAGGUGAGAAAGGAACCGGGAUGUAGUUGGAUCAAAUACAAGGGCAAAGUACACAUUUUCUCAGCAGAUGACUGGUCCAGCCCAUAUGCUGAUCAAAUAUAUUAUGAGCUGGAGAAACUAAAUCAAAAGAUGAUAGAGGAAGGUUAUGUGCCAGAUAUGAGCUAUGUUUUCCAUGAUGUAGAGGAGUCUGAGAAGAUGAAGAUGCUUAACUAUCACAGUGAGAAGCUUGCAAUUGCUUUUGGGCUAAUAUUUAUUCCAUCAAGUCUUCCCAUACGAGUAGUUAAAAACCUUCGAGUUUGUGGUGAUUGUCACAAUGCCACUAAAUAUAUUUCUAAGAUCACCAAAAGAGAGAUACUUGUAAGAGAUGCUGUUCGGUUCCAUUUAUUUAAAGAUGGGAAAUGUUCCUGUGGUGAUUUCUGGUGAGAGGAUAUUUAAAAAUCAGGAGCAUGGCAAGAGAAGGGUGGAAAUUCAUUUGAUUCGUUAUCAUCAUUUUGCAGCAAUCAUGUUUCAAGGAACUCAGUUAAUAAGUUGAUGCACUAACAGGCUUUUGGUCGUCCCAGUUGAUUUGGAAUGGAUAGUUUUGUGAAUUUUUAUCAACCACAUUUUACUAGCCAUUAUCAGUCUGGUUGUUGAUUUCAGUUUUUUUUGGCUGUAGCUGGCUGAGGAUCAUGAAGGUGAGUGGUGUAGAAUUAAGCUUUAAUGGACAGAAUCUAUUGAUACUAGCAAGCCACUGAGAGAUGUGUACUUAUUUCCUGCACAAAGUGGCUAUGCUUCACACUCAAACAGAAGAUGUUAAUUAUGCUUUGUGAUAUGUCCACCAAAGCGUUGUGUACACAUUUGUGCGGGAAUGGGAUUGGAAUUUAUACUACAUUUUUGUCCUUAAUUCAUUUGAGCAAGUUAUGGUGAUGGAAUUGGUGAAGACCACUAAUACUUAGUUAUUUGUUUUUACAAAAAAAGGAGAAAUUACAUUAAAAAUAAAGAAUAUCCAGUCUGAGAGAACAUAAGAGAAUAAAGGAAGAGGGAGGAAAACACAUCUAAAUAAUUCUAAAAUGUUCUCAAAUCAAGCUGAUUAGUCUAUUGAAGCUUAAGCUUUGUGAAUCUGAGUGAAAAGUUCUUGGAAUGUAAACAAUUAACUUCAAGUUUAUUGCUAUGAUGAUUUGUUCGAGCUCCCUUGACCUUGAUGAGGAUUCUGCAUUCAGUGAAGAAAAGCUGCUUAUGUUAAUGUAAAAGUUACAAAAUGGAACUCAAUUUAUGAUACAAUUGAAAUGCCAUAAGUACUUACCUGCAGCUGAGUACAGAUUUCUAUGAUUUCAGCCGAAGGUGCCCAAUCACCAAAAUUCCUCUCAAUGAACUGGUAUGCAAUACCGCUCCUUCCACCCCCUACUAUGAAGAGUCCACCUUUGAUUUCACCUUCUCCUUUGAAGUUUUGCUUUAUCCCCAUAGCCUUUGCACGCCUGUAAUUUGUUAUGGCUCGGGGGUUGAAAAUAAAACCUGAUAUGAACUUGUCUUUGAGCAGUUCCCCCCCACCAAGAGCUUUGAAGAAUUCCAUAUUCCGAUCAUGGACUACAACACCACCCCAGUAGCGGGGCCAGAAGUCUUUUACCUGCACCAUUUGAUUAGUGAUUCAACUGUAUGUUGCUUGAAAAUUCAAGGAACAUGAAAUUAAUGCUGAAUUACCUCUGACUCUAUGUACUCAUGAAGAACCGCAUAUAGUUGAACUCCCAGUGCGUCGAAUAAGGGUUUUUUGGCAUAUAGUUGGUGAGCUUCAGCUCUACACAUGAUGCACCUGUUUCGAUCCAACAGAGUUCAGAAACAAACUAGAAUCAGUUUAUUGCUCAAGGGAUACAAAUUCUUCAGGAAAAAGCAGAGGCAAAGUUGACAAAAGGAGACCAUGCAGAAAACGAAAACCAGGUGCAUGUAAUUGAUGUUUUGGUAUAGGAUUUACCCUGGACGUCUAAUGCAGAGGAGAACAGCUGGUUUAUCUCUCCACAAUUCCGAUGCCUUCAUCGGAGGUGACUUUGCUUUCACUAAACGCUCCAUCCCAAUCUUGUAUUCUGGAGUCAACUUUUGCACUGAGAUGUUUUCAAUAGUAGAGUAAGGAGCCACUUGUUCAACAACAGGAGGAGGUUUCACACAACCACAUGCUCUACUCUGAGCUGGCCCAGCAGCAACAAUCCCUUUGAAGGUGUAUCCAUCUCCAAUCUUGAAAUCAGCCAAAGAUUGUUCUAGUUGUUUACUGCUGUUUCGAGCCAUUGGUCUGGUUAAACUUCUCAGCUUUUGAGAAUUGACCUGCACAAGACUCUUCAUGCUGUUGUUUCUAGAGGCUGUGCUGUUUGUUCUUGUUGGAGGGAGUGCGUGUGAUCGGGUUUUAGGAUCAGUACAUGGACCAGUUUUAUCCAUGAAACGGGCGAUAUGUCCUCUCUUCAUACCGAACUGGGAAAAAAGAUCUGAUGUACUUAAACUAAGAAGCUCUGGAAGACAUGUCCUGGAUAACUCAAGCUUAUCUGCAUAUUGCAUCAGAGAACGAUCGUGUAGAUAUGUCCUGAUUUCUAGUGCAUCCUACAGUGAAUGAAAAGACACUGCUGAGAAUGAAUGAUUAGAAAAAGAAAACAGAAAAAUUGACUUCUAAUCUAUAGAUGACCAACCGACCUUCUCCUGUUGUGUCAUGCUUAUUGCGUCCAUAUCUUCUAAGCUCAUGAUCUUCAACGUCGGCACGUCAUCCCAGCCUUCUUCCAAAAGCUUUGGAAGCAGUUCUUUGAGGAUUCCAUUCCCAACAAAUUCAUCAAUUGCAAAAGAAGCCAUGUUUGGAAGAAAGGAGAGAACAGUUCAAUCUUAUCAAACUUGUUCUACUCCCUGAAAUCUUUAAAAUACCGAGUCUUAUGAGCAAAAACAAACACAUAUUUUCGGCAACAUCAAUGACGUAACAGUUGUAUAUUCAUAUAAAUAUUAUAUAUGUAUCUGUCAUUACAAUCCAACCAAUCCACAUAAUCUUUAUUUUGUCAA